GAGAUAUGAGAAGUUGAAUAGAGUGGUGUGAUAUUGUUACCCAGAAAGUAGAUUAAAAAUGUUAGUAUUAAUUCUUAACUGUACACGUAAGUUGCAGUGUGAAUUUUAUUUUCUUUGGAUUUAACUCCAAAAUUGUAUUGAGAGAAAAUGAGUCUGAGGCAGACAAGACAGGCUCUGUUUCCCUCGUAAUUUUAUUUUUGAGACAACUCACGCAAGUCUUGCAAAUUGCUGCUGCUGGCUUCCUCGUAAUCUCCAUUUUCUCUCUCUUCACUUUCCUGUUUGAUCAGUUCAGUCUGUGGUUCUGGCACACUAAACUGCGUAGGCUUCAAUGAAGAAGGCCAUUGGUCAAACUGUUAGGGAACUUAAAAGAGAAGUAAAUAAGAAAGUAUUGAAAGUUCCAGGGAUAGAACAAAAGGUUCUUGAUGCUACCAACAAUGAAGCCUGGGGUCCUCAUGGAUCACUUCUUGCAGAUAUUGCACUGGCGACCAGAAAUUAUCAUGAAUACCAAAUGAUCAUGGCAAUAAUCUGGAAGCGGAUUAAUGACACUGGCAAGAAUUGGCGGCAUGUCUACAAGGCUUUGACAGUAUUAGAAUACUUGGUGGCUCAUGGGUCAGAGCGAGUGAUAGAUGAGAUUAGAGAGCAUGCCCACCAAAUAUCGACAUUGUCCGAUUUUCAAUAUAUUGAUUCCAGUGGAAGAGACCAGGGAAACAAUGUCAGGAGGAAAUCACAGAGUCUCGUUCUCCUUGUGAAUGAUAAAGAAAGAAUCAUAGAGGUUAGACAGAAGGCUGCUGCUAACAGGGACAAGUUUCGCAACAAUGCAUCAGGUGGAAUGUAUAGACCAGGUUCAUACUCAAGCAGUGGAGCUUAUGGUGAUAGAUAUGAAGAUGAUCGUUAUGGGAACAGGGAGGAAGAUAGAAGUGGUUAUGGCUAUGGUAGGGAAAGAGAAGGGGGCUAUAGGGACAAUGAUCCGUAUAGUCGUGACGGAGAUCGUUAUGGCAGAGAUUAUGAGGAACGCUACAGCCGAGAUGGUUACAGGGAUGAUGAGUACCGUGGAAGAAGUGUUGAUGAAGACCAAUAUGGCUCAAGAAGCAGGAAUUCUGAUAGAGAUCAUGAUCAUAAUUUUGAUGAUGAUGGUCAUCGUUCAUCUCGAGGUAGCAGUGCUAAAGCUGAAGACCAUUCACUGGAAGGAAGGUUAGAGCAGAAACUUUCUGAGCAAAAUGUGGGUGCUCCCCCUAGUUAUGAAGAAGCUGUUUCUCGAAGCCCUUUACACAAUGAAAGGGAAGGAGGAGUUUCAGCGGCAUCUGCCCCAGGAGGCUCUUCUCCUGUAAGUGAUAAUCCACACCAAACCUCUGCUCCUACAGGAUCUUCUCUUGUAAGCCAUAUUCCAACAGAAGCAACUGCUGCUGCCAGUACUGCUACAUCUGGAAACCGUAAAGUUGAGGAUUUUGAUGAAUUUGAUCCUCGUGUUCCUGUAUCAGCUGCCUCAGCUACUGUUAAUAAUGUUGAAAUGGACCUGUUCGGCUCCCUAUCUGAGUCAUUCUCUUCAAAUGCAUUGGCUCUUGUACCUUCUGCGACAGAAACCACAACCUCUCAAGGCAAUGCAAACCUUGAUUCAACAGUGUCCUUUGCAUCGCCACCGUCUGCAUCCAAUAAUUUCAAUCCGGUGUUUGAAGACCCAUUUGGUGAUUCACCAUUUAAGGCCAUUCCUUCAACUGAAUCUGCUCCAUCUCAACCCCAGACUCAACAGAGUCUUGCACCAUCCCAAGCAAGUGGUCCUAAUACAGAAUCGGUCUCUAAAUUUGGGUUUGGAGACUCAUUUUCUGCUACGACUAGUGCCAGUGAAACGCAAUCUUUGUCAUCAAGCUCUCAGUUUUUGUCUAUGCCAUCACAGGAAUCUGAUAUUCUUGCAGACAUUCUUCCCCCUGCACCAUUACCUGGGACAACUUCACAACAGAACUUUUCAGCUUCUCCGGAAGCUCAAUCCUCAUCCUCCUUUCUAGCUUCAUCAGGGCAAACAGCAUCACAAUAUUUUUAUGCACAGUCUGGUCAACCUGUAGCACAGGCCUCUGGUGGCCAACAGCUACAACCCUCAUUAUCAGUUUCCAGUCCCACUAAUCAACAUGCACAGAAUCCCUUUCCAGCACAUGCUGAUCAAUCUUCACAGCCAGGUGGUCAUGUGUAUGGUGGAUUCCCUUCUCAGACUGGUUAUCUGACUCAAGGAGCUUCAGGCAUGUUCCCUCAAUCUCAAGGUGGACAUAUGAACCAGACCUAUGAACAAAGAUCUAUGGCACCUAUUCCUUUGCACACAGUUCCCCAAGCUUCAAAAGGACAACUGUCACAGAGUGCAAACUAUUUGCCUUCUCAAUCCCCCAUUGACCAAGCUUCACAAUAUAACAGUGGAAACUUCAUGGCACAACAGGGGAAUGCUUCUCCAUUUAACCAUCAACCACUUGGUCAAGGAGUACACGCUCCUCAGAAUGUCGUUUCUCAACCAUCCAAGGACAAGUUUGAGACAAAAUCGACAGUUUGGGCAGAUACACUAAGCAGGGGAUUGGUUAAUUUGAAUAUAUCUGGAUCUAAAAUAAACCCUCUAGCAGAUAUUGGAGUUGACUUUGAUGCCAUUAAUAGGAAGGAAAAGAGGAUGGAAAAGCCAACAACAACAGCAACCGCAACUGUAACCAUGGGUAAAGCCAUGGGAUCUGGUUCAGGUAUGGGACGGGCUGGCGCUGGUGCUCUCAGGCCUUCACCAAACCCAAUGAUGGGUAUGGGUAUGGGCAUGGGUCCUGGUGCUGGUAUGGGUAUGCAAGGCUACAGAGGCAUGAAUGCACCUUUGGGAAUGGGGGUGAACAUGGGUAUGGGGCAGAUGCAACCACCACCCGGGACCAACAUGCCUGGUAAUUAUAACUAUAUGACGGGAAGAGGUGGUUAUCCACAACAUCCUUAUGGCCGUGGUGGCUACCAAUGAGAUUGAGCAUUAAAACUGGAUAGCAAAUGUCCAAGUGUAUAAGUAUAACUAUAAGAUUGAGCAUUAUACCAAGAUAGCAAUGUUAAAAUGUAUGAGAUUGAGCACUAUACCUAGAUAGCAAGGUAAAGUAUUAUUACUCAAUUGUUUUGUUACCAAUUUAUGAGUUUAGAGAAACGACAAGCCAAUACUUGUGGUCUACGUCUUCCAUUUAUAUUUCUAACAAUAGAUGUAAUUCUCUGUAAAGUAACCCAUGUGAUGUAUGCUUAUUCUUGUUUUAUGUUUUAUGCUUUCCAUUCAUUUUUGGGUCA